AGGUUAGCACUGCAACAUCUGUUUUGUCACAGUGUUCAACAGCCUGCAAUAUGAAGGUGCUUGUCAUCUUAUGUGCCCUAGCUGCCUUCUCUGAGGGUCUCAUCCGAGUAGGACUUGAUAAAAAAAAAUCUCAGAAGACGCUCAUGAAAGAGUAUGGGGUACUGAACGAUGUUAUUGCGACCAAUAACUAUAAUCGUUUCACCAAAUACAAAGGACUUUCUGCAGAGCCCAUAAAUGAGCCUCUGCGGAACUAUAUGGAUGUAGAGUAUUUUGGAAAUAUUUCCAUUGGCACUCCACCCCAGGAAUUCACAGUGAUAUUUGACACGGGGUCCUCCAAUCUGUGGGUACCUUCUUCCCUUUGCUCCUCCCCAGCUUGCACAAACCAUUCACUAUUUGACGCCAACAAAUCAUCUACAUUCCAGUCUUCUAAUCAAAAUCUGGCAAUACAAUAUGGAACAGGAAGCAUGACAGGAAUUUUGGGAUAUGAUGUAGUUACUAUAACAGGAAUAGAGGUCACCAACCAGGAGUUUGGUUUGAGUGUCACAGAACCAGGUGAUACCUUUACUUAUGCACCCUUUGAUGGCAUCCUUGGCUUGGCAUAUCCAGUCAUCUCCUCUUCUGGUGCCACACCGGUGUUUGACAAUAUGAUGGACCAAGGCCUGGUGUCUGAGGACUUGUUUUCAUUUUACCUUAGCCCAGAUGGGAAAUCUGGAAGUGAGGUGCUCUUUGGUGGAAUUGACACAUCCCACUACACAGGGAAUAUCAACUGGAUACGACUUUCAUCACAGACCUACUGGCAGAUCACUGUGAGCAGUAUCACAAUCAAUGGCAAGCCCGUAGCAUGUGCUAAGAGUUGUCAAGCUAUUGUCGAUACUGGGACUUCGUUUCUCACUGGCCCCAUUGAUGCUCUUCAGAAUAUCUUGAAACUGCUGGGAGCUACGAAAGAUCCACAUGGAUAUGAAAUGAUUACGUGCAACAGAGCAGGACGACUGCCCACCAUUGUUUUCCACAUUAAUGGAAAUAAAUAUCCACUUCCACCAUCGGCUUAUGUUUUUGAGCAAGGCCCCACUAGUUCAACAUGCUAUCUUGGGAUUCAGGCCAUGGAUAUUCCUUCAAGUAAAUUAUGGAUCCUAGGCGAUGUCUUCCUUAGAAAGUAUUACUCCAUCUUCAACAGAGGCCGAAAUAUGAUUGGCCUUGCCAAGUCAGUUUAACUUAGUUGUUAUGGAAGUUUACUUAUUCUUAAGCACAAGCUACUAAGGAUUUAAUUAUUCUCUUCGACCUCUUCCUAGAAUAUUCAUU